GAACGCGACCCGCAGCCCAGGCGCUCGCGCCUUAAAGCGGCUCCGUUACAAGAUGGCGGCGGUUUGAAAACAAGGUUCCGAGAGGCCGGGCAGAUGGAGCCUCCAGCACACCGAGCAGCCCAGCCGGUUAACAUAUUGGAUGUUUGUCAUGCAUCUUUCAGAAUGGUAACACGUGAAAUCAAUGGAUAGAUGCAAGCAUGUAGGGCGGCUUCGGCUUGCCCAGGACCAUUCAAUCCUAAACCCCCAAAAAUGGCAUUGUUUGGACUGCAAUACUACAGAAUCAAUGUGGGCAUGUCUCAAUUGUUCACAUGUUGCUUGUGGACGAUACAAUGAAGAACAUGCACUAAAACAUUUUCAGGAAAGUAAGCACCCCGUGGCCUUGGAAGUGAAUGAAUUGUAUGUAUUUUGUUACAUUUGUGAUGAUUAUGUGCUGAAUGACAAUGCAACAGGUGAUCUAAAAUUGUUGCGGAGCACAUUAAGUGCAAUUAAGAGCCAGAACUAUGACUGUACAACUCGAAGUGGCAGGACUUUACGGUCAAUGGCAGGAGGUGAUGACUCCUACCUUUCUCGGGGGUGUGCACAAGCGCAGCUGCGGAACGAAGAUAGGAUGUUCACGGCACUUUGGCAUCGGCGUAAGUUGCUCAUGUCUAAAGUCUUCCAGUCUUGGUUUGCGUUGACAUGCAGUGGCAAGCUGAGACUUGAAGAAGAACAAUUAAAGGAAGAGGCUGAAAUGAAAAGGGAAGAAGCCAGAAAAAAACGACAAGAGCUAAAACGGCGGCUGCACGCCGAGUUGCUGAGCACACCACCCCGAAAGAGUUCCCGUAUAAAUGAACCCUCUAAAAUUAGUGACACAUCAGCUCCACGGACAUCAGCAAAAUAUCCAGCAGUAACAACUGGCCUUACCUCAAGCACAGUUAGGUUGAAAAAAAUUGGUGAUUCCCCUAUUAAACGGAGACCAACUGUCACACCUGGUGUGACGGGACUGAGAAACCUGGGAAAUACCUGCUAUAUGAACUCCAUUCUGCAAGUGCUAAGUCACUUGCAAAUAUUUUGUGAGUGUUUCUUGCAUUUUGACUUAAGUCAAACCCAAGAACUGCUGACCAGUACAGCAAAUGGGAAAACUAGGUCCUCUAGCCAGCAAUAUUUGAUUAGUGACAUUAAUUCAAGUACAGGUAUAUCUUUGAUAGAUGAGGAAAAGGGUUCAAGACGACCAAGUCUUUCAGAAGGAUUAAGUGGGGGAGCAUCUAGGAGCAGAAAUAGGGAGCUGAUUCAACUAAAGGAGCCAAGCUCAAAGCAUAUAUCUCUGUGCCACGAACUCCACACCCUUUUUCUGGUCAUGUGGUCUGGCAAGUGGGCGUUGGUAUCUCCCUUUGCUAUGCUACACUGUGUAUGGCGACUCAUCCCAACCUUCCGUGGAUAUGCCCAGCAAGAUGCCCAGGAAUUCCUCUGUGAGCUGUUGGAUAAAGUACAACAGGAGUUGGAAGCCACAAGAACAAUGUGUACAGCCCCUAUUCCAAUAUCACAGCGAAAUCUUAUCAAGAGAGUUCUGACUGUGAUUAACACCAUUUUCCAUGGACAGCUACUCAGCCAGGUUACAUGCCUUACUUGCGACAACAAAUCCAACACGAUUGAAUCCUUCUGGGACCUUUCUUUAGAAUUUCCUGAGAGAUACCACUGCAAUGGAAAAGAAGCUGCUUCCCAGUAUUCUUGCUUAUUGACGGAAAUGUUGGCAAAAUUCACAGAGACAGAGGCCUUGGAAGGGAAAAUUUAUGCCUGUAACCAGUGCAACAGGAAACGCAGGAAGUCAUCUUCUAAACCCUUGAUUUUGACUGAAGCUCAAAAACAACUAAUGGUUCACAAGCUACCUCAGGUUCUGCGAUUACACCUCAAACGUUUCCGGUGGUCAGGUCGCAAUCACCGUGAGAAGAUAGGAGUACAUGUCAGCUUUGACCAGGUUUUAAACAUGGAACCAUACUGCUGCAGAGAACUGGCAGGAACCCUUGGGCCCAACUGCUUCAUAUACGACCUGGCUGCUGUGGUCAUGCAUCAUGGAAAGGGCUUUGGCUCAGGACAUUAUACCGCAUAUUGCUACAGUACAGAUGGAGGAUUGUGGGUCCAUUGUAAUGAUUCCACAGUGACAAUCUGUACUGUGGAUGAAGUUUGUAAAGCCCAGGCCUACAUCCUCUUCUAUACUCGUCGACUUCUUCACAACAUUAAAGUACCAUCACCACCUGCCUCAGCUGGAAAUAAUUCGACACCAGCAUCACCAUGACUGAAGCUUGGAAAUUCUGUAUGUUGCAACUACUUUCUUAAGCACAGUCCAAACACAGAGGCAGCAUUGUCCUAAAGUUUUUAUACCAUUUUGGUUUUGUAAGGAUUUUGUACUUUAUAGACAUUUAUGCAGGUAUAGCUGUGAUUUUCGUUUUGAACAUGUGUACAGUACAUUCAUAGUUUUGUAGUGUAUUUUUUUAUCUUACCAGAUAAGUACUUGGGAGUAAUUUGAGUAAAUGCUUCUAAUUCUUUCACAUGCAGUAAUGUUCUCGUAAUAGCCACAGCAAGAGUGUGUUUCUAUUUUUCAUACAUUUAGUCAGUAGAAUUCAAUAGAUCAACUCACUGUGUGAAGUUUGCAGCUCAAGUGCUCGCCCCAAUUGAUGGGCAAUACACUAUCCAACAUAGUAUUAAUAUUUCUACCAUACAGGUCUCUGAAAUAAACUAACUUGCCUAUUUCUCAUUGCUCCAACACUGAAUUGUAUUUUUGUGAUGCUUACAGAUUCACUGUCUUGUAAUGGGCUUUACUGUAAUAUGUGCAGGGCGCUUUGAAGAAAAAAUGGAAAAGUAGAGUAUUAAACUAGUGUCCAGAUCAAUA